CUCAUCUCUUACUAUAGCUCAUUAAAAAUUUCAACCUUAUAUAUUUCAAGCAUACUAAGAGAUGGGAGAAGAGUACCAUAUGGACUCGGUGCCAUUAAAUCACCGAAAACAAACAACCAACCGACACUCCUACACUAAUUCAGGGGAUACUGUAAUUGAAGGUCUUGCUGGAGUGCAAGGAAACUACGGAGAAACUGAAGUAAAUGCUGUAAACAUCGAAGAUGCCAUUGGGGAAUACGAGACUCUCAAAAGGGAGUUAACCACACUCAGUCGCAAAACAACAAACACUGGAAAACUCGAAGAAGGUGUUGCACAAUCAGAAGAAUUUAACCUUGACGAGUUCUUGCACGGUGUGUCUGACGAGUCUGACAAGGCCGGACACACCAAGAAGCAUCUUGGUGUUAUAUGGAGAGACCUUACUGUUAAGGGUGUCGCUGCCGAGGCUCACACGAUUUUCACUGUCGCCAGUUUCCCUAUAGCAAUCUUCAAUAUGUGGAAGCUUUUGUUAAAAAAGCCUGAGGUCCCUCAAAAGGUCAUUCUCCGCAACAACACUGGCUUUUGUAAAGAUGGCGAGAUGUUGCUCGUUCUUGGGCGCCCUGGUGCCGGUUGUACCACCCUUCUCAAAAUCAUCUCUAACUUGCGCGGAUCAUACACAAGUAUCGACGGCGACGUCUCUUACGGAGGUAUCGAUCCUGGAACUUUCUUCAACAAAUACAGAGGCCAAGUUUGCUACAACGAAGAAGAAGAUCAGCAUUACCCCACUCUCACUGCCAAGCAGACCCUUCAAUUUGCUUUACGUACAAAGAUCCCCGGAUCCCGCCUUCCUGACGAAACUAGACAUGAUUUUGUUAACCGCGUUCUCUACAUGCUCGGAAACAUGCUCGGUUUGACCAAGCAGAUGAACACUAUGGUCGGCAAUGCCUUUGUCCGUGGUCUCUCUGGUGGUGAGCGUAAGCGUCUCUCUAUCGCAGAACAAAUGACAACAUCUAGCUCCAUCAACUGUUGGGAUUGCUCUACUCGUGGUCUCGAUGCCGCAUCUGCUCUCGAUUUCGUUCGUUCCCUUCGUAUCAUGACAGAUGUUCUCAACAAGACUACCGUCGCCACCCUUUACCAGGCUUCCAACAGCAUCUUUAACCUCUUCGACAAGAUUAUCCUUCUUGAUGAUGGUUACUGUCUUUACUUCGGUCCAGUUGAACAGGCCAAGCCAUACUUUGAACAAAUGGGUUUCUUCUGCCCCGCUCGUAAAUCAACCCCCGAUUUCUUGACUGGUAUCUGUAACCCAUUGGAGCGUGAGUUCCAGCCUGGAUGUGAGAACACCGUUCCACAGUUUGCCCACGAGUUUCAAGAACGUUACCUUGGAUCCAACAUCUACAGGUCUAUGAUGACCGAGUUGGAUCAGUAUGAAAACUCCCUCAAGGCCGACAACCAGGCUGAUGCCUUCAAGCAAGCCAUGGACGAAGAACACCAGAAACGUGCCCCAACAAAGAGUCCUUAUAUUGCUUCCUUUUAUCAGCAAGUCAGAGCUCUCCUAAUCCGUCAAUACUAUCUCCUAAUCAAGGAUAAGGGUGCCUUGAUAUCUCGCUAUGGUACCAUUCUCAUACAAUCUCUUAUCACAUCCUCCUGCUUCUACAAUCUUCCCUUGAACGGUACUGGUGCUUUCUCUCGUGGAGGUGCCAUUUUCUUUGCUGUCCUAUUCAAUGCUUUCAUUGCUCAAACCGAACUUGUCCGAUUCUUGAUGGGUCGUCCUGUCCUGGAGAAACAUAAGCAAUAUGCUCUCUAUCGUCCUUCUGCGUUCUACAUUGCUCAAGUUAUCAUGGAUGUUCCAUAUGCACUUGUUCAGGUUGCACUUUAUUCCGUAUGCUCCUACUUCAUGACAGGUCUUAACUUGACAGCUGGAAAGUUCUUUACUUUCUUCGUUCUUUUGUUCUUCAUCAACAUGACCAUGAAUGGUUUCUUCCGUAUCUUCGGUGCUAUUACCAGCAGUUUCUUCCUUGCCUCCCAGCUUGCUGGUUUUAUGCUUGUCGCUGUUGUUGCUUAUGUCGGAUAUUCUAUUCCAUACCCCAAGAUGCACCCAUGGCUUUACUGGAUUUACUGGGCCAAUCCCCUGUCCUAUGGCUACAAGGCUCUUUUGAUUAACGAGAUGAACGGACAGACCUACUCCUGCGAUAGUCCCGGAAACUCUGUUCCUUAUGGCCCUGGCUACGACAACUGGGAAAACAAGGUGUGCACUAUGGUCGGCGGUAUUCCAGGUGAAAGCUUCGUCAAGGGUGAAUCCUAUCUCCUCCAGGCAUUGACUUACAGACCCUGGGAAGCCUGGGCGCCUGAUUUUAUUGUCGUCGUUGCCUUCUUCUUGUUGUUCACUGCCAUUUGUGCUCUUGCUAUGGAAUACGUUGAUUCCAGCAAUGGCGGAAACACUACCAAGUUCUACAUCCCCGGAAAAGCCCCCAAGCCCCGUACCGACGAGGAAGAAAACGAACGUCGUAGACGACUUGCCAAGAUCACCGAUGAAAUGGAUGGUAUCUCUACUGGAACCACUUUCUCAUGGCAAGAUAUCAAGUAUACCGUCCCCGUCAAGGGUGGCAAGCUUCAACUUCUGAACGGUAUUAACGGUAUUGUCAAGCCCGGCCAUCUUACUGCUCUCAUGGGAUCUUCUGGUGCAGGAAAGACCACUCUCUUGGAUGUUCUCGCUCGCAGAAAGACCACUGGUGUUGUCGAGGGCGAUGUUUUCCUCAACGGCGAAGCACUUAUGAACGAUUUUGAACGUAUUACUGGUUACUGUGAACAAAUGGAUAUCCAUCAGCCCGCUGUCACUGUCCGCGAAGCCCUCCGUUUCUCUGCUUACCUUCGUCAGGAUGAGUCUGUGCCCAAGGCCGAGAAGGAUGAAUAUGUCGAGAAGAUUAUCCAAUUGCUCGAGAUGGAAGAUAUUUCUGACGCUCAGAUUGGUAUGGUCGAAUACGGUAUCGGUAUCUCUGUCGAAGAACGCAAGCGUCUCACCAUUGGUAUGGAAUUGGUCGGUAAACCCCAAUUGUUGUUCUUGGAUGAGCCCACUUCCGGUCUUGAUGCCCAAAGUUCCUUCAACAUUAUUCGUUUCAUUCGCAAGCUCGCUGAUGCUGGUUGGCCCGUUCUCUGCACAAUCCAUCAACCUUCGGCAAUUCUGUUUGGCCAUUUCGAUCAUCUCUUGUUGCUUGUCCGUGGUGGCAAAACUGCUUACUAUGGUGAGAUUGGUCCCGAUGCCCGCACAAUGAUCAACUACUUUGAGUCCAACGGUGGCCCCGCCUGUCAUCCCGAAGCCAAUCCUGCUGAGUACAUUCUUGAGGUUGUUGGUGCCGGUACUGCUGGAAAGGCUACCCGUGACUGGUCUGAUGUCUGGGCUGAAUCCAAGGAAUCCAAGGAGCUCAAUGAUGAACUUUCAGAAAUCAACAAAACUGCUAACAAGAACCCUACUCGGGAAGCACGUACUUAUGCCACCUCUGCCUGGACACAGUUCAAGUUGGUUCACAACAGAAUGGCCUUGGCUUACUGGCGUGCCCCCGAUUACAAUUUUGGCCGUUUCCUCAACCUUGUCUUGACUGCCCUGAUUAACGGUUUUACUUACUGGAAACUUGGAUCUUCUUCUUCAGACAUGCAAAACAAGCUUUUCGCUUUGUUCAGUACUUUCAUCAUGGCGAUGACUCUUAUUAUUCUUGCCCAACCCAAGUUCAUGACUGAGCGUCUCUUCUUCCGCAGAGAAUAUGCAUCUCGUUACUACAGUUGGUUCCCAUGGGGUAUUUCUACUGUCCUUGUUGAAAUUCCAUAUGUUUUCGUAUUUUCCGCUUUCUUCAUGUUCUGCUUCUACUGGACUGCUGGUAUGAGCACCGCAUCCGAGGCAGGUGGUUACUUCUACAUCAUGUUUGUUUUCCUCGUUCUCUGGGCCGUCUCUCUUGGUUUCGUCAUUGCUGCUGCUUCCGAGCUCCCAACUAUGGCCGCUGUUAUCAACCCUCUGAUUAUGUCUUUGCUUAUUCUUUUCUGUGGCCUUAUGCAGCCCGAAUCUGCUAUGCCUACAUUCUGGAGAAAGUGGAUGUACUGGGUUGAUCCUUUCCACUACUACAUCGAAGGUCUUGCGGUGAAUGAACUUGAGCAUCUCAAGGUUACAUGUACAGACAACGAUCUUCUCAGAUUCUCUCCUCCCGCUGGUCAGACCUGUGGCGAGUACAUGACCAACUAUUUCUCCUACGGUGGUUUCGGAUACAUCGCCAACCCCGAUGCCAUGCUGCCUGAACAGUGCGGCUAUUGUACUUAUAGCUCUGGUGCCGAGUAUUACUCUGGCGUUUACGGCUGGGAUGCCGCCCACAAGUGGCGCAACGUCGGUAUCAUUGCCGCUUACUUUGUCUUCAACGUCCUUGCCUUCCUUGGCUUGGUUUACUGGAACAGAAAGGGCAGACGAUAAAUUAAUACUUCCUAUACUUCCUAUAUUUCAUAUACUUGUUAAGCUUGUUUGAUUUUUUUUCUUUCGUAUCAUACUACCCAUACUCAUGUCUACUUUAUAUCUGCUUAAUUCAGUAUAUUAUAAUAUUAUUUUUAUCAACUUUCUUCCUAUUAAAAAGAAGAUAAUCUGCAUUGUUCUUUUUAUUUGUACAUACUAGAGAAACAUAUUAUAAUAAAAAGAAUCAUUUAUUUUUAUCAAUU